GAAAGUAUUGGCUCCUAUCCAAUAGUGUACAUAUUCUUAUCACUAAUGAUCUCAUCAAGUUCUUUUGGUAUGUUCAAAAUAGUUUUGCGUGAUCGAAUACGGGACGGUUAUACGCCAACGAAUGCACCAUCGCGAUAUGAAAUGGACGUGCUCAGGGAAUUCUGGAAUACCUCAGGAGACCCAAUGAUGACUGUGGUAAUGCUGACAGCCAAAGAUGGUGGUUCGAUGCUGCGCGACGAGUACCUUGCCGAGGUUAAUCGGCUGACGAGCUAUCUAAUGACUAAUCACAGUGUAACUCACAACAAGCAACCUGUUAUAUAUGAAAAUUUUUGCUCACCGUACUGUGCAAUGAAUAUUGCUAUACGAUUGUUCAAACAAGGUGUAGACGUUGAACGAGCCCAUUUGGAGCGCAAUGAGCCAUUAUCCGAUGAUACAACGUUGUCAUAUCCGGUGGCCAAAAUUGAUGGCUUUAAUAUUCACCUGGAGAGGAACUUCUUCGGCAUCACCCUGAAGGAUUUACCCAGCAAGGAUGCAUUUGUUGGCAAGAAUUUCACUGCUGAUCAGCUAUUAGCUAAUAGUACAUCGUAUGCUCAGCUAUUGUCAAAUCUCAAACAAAAAAUGUCUUUGCGCAUGAUCAUCUGA